AACUAACCUUGGUCCCUAGUGGAUUCUGCAUCCAAGGGGUCAACGACUGAAAUUGCGGGUUUCGUUAGAUUUUCGGUAGCGAUAAGUUAUUGAGAAUGAUUGGGGAGUCGGCAGUAGUAGUUGGAUGUAGUUUAUACGUGUUUUGCAGUCAGUUUGAGUUGAAACAAAGCGCUGGUUACAUCCUAUUUCAUGUAACAGGUAAGUGUUAUACCGAGUGAAAGCAACAUUCCCUCAUCAUCGUCCUGGUAUAGUUAUUACUGUUUCAGGAGUAUCUCGAUUGAAGAUUAAAGAUCAUAUGAGUAAAUAUAUGGGGAAGCAUGAUAAUCACAAAUCUCGUCGUUCUGUUGGCCUAUAUAUAUAAAAUUUUAAUCGCCUCUCACUAAGUCGGAAGAAUUUUAACUUUCAUAUUAAUUUCUGAUAUAUGCGUUUAAAUGCUCUCCAAUGUUUUUGUCUUAGUUUUUUUGGUCGCUUGUAUUCCAUCGGUGAAGUGGACUGCAGGGAUAAGAAAAUGGUUUGAUUUAAGGUGAGUAACACUCUUGGUUUUUUUAUCCAGUAUGUGAUUGCCUGUCUUGAUCAUGGAUUCAAACUGAAUAAUUAGAUCUUAUCUUAAUCGCUUAUUUUGAGAAGCACUUUGUACAAUAUUUAGGCCAAUUGCUAGAGACGGCAUGGAAAUUGGUUCACUUCUAGUUCCCAUGGUGAUCACAAGUCAAAUGGCAUUUCUCGAGAAAUGGGACAGUAAAUACAUGUAUCUCAAAGUCACAGGUAACAACCAAGUUCACCACAUACAUAAUCUGACAGAGUCUUGUCUGUAUUAUUUUGCAAAGUUACUGAUAAAUGGUUUUUGUCAAAUUUUUUCCCUUAGAGGUGGAAAGAUCUUAUCUGUUGGCUUCUCAGUUGAUGGGCAUGUUCACUGCCUCCAUUCUGCUGAUUAUAAAUCAUGUGAAACCUAUGAUGUCAUCAGUCUUCUUUUUUAUGGUCACGGCCUGCAUAGCAGCUACAAUAGGUGUUCAGCUGGGUAUGCACAGUUCAAUUUUAGUUUAUCCAUUAUUGAGCAUUGAAAAAUUAAUUUGAGGUAUAUCCUCUGGUAACCUUUUACAGGAACAUUGUAAGUGAUGGCAAAAACUUUCUUGUGUUUGAACUUGCUUAUGAGGGUUUGGGACACAGAUCUAAAGUAACAUUAGAUUUAGAAGGUAGGAUCCAAAUGCUAAUUGCAGUGUUUUGGUACUGUAAAAGGAAAAAUGCAAAGAAUGAUGGGUCAGGUAAGUAAAUGUGUGUUGAUGCUAUAUUGUACACAAGUAAUCCCCAAAAGUGGCUGCAUUUAUUUUGUAAUAUGAGGUUUAUGGCCUUUUUUCAUUACAGAUGUUGAUAUUAUGUGGGUGUCCAUAAGUGUGUUGCUAUACUUUGUUGCUCUCUUUGCCAUCUUGCGGUGGAUACCAGGAUGUUUUACCAUUGGUGAGGCCAUGAUUGUGACACAAGCAGUUGUUUUGGUGGCAAUUGAUUCAUAUGCAAACCUAGGAAUAAAGGUAAACAUGCAAGUAAAAGAUUAAGUGUCAUUAGAAACAGUUUUAGGAAUGCUAUAUGUGUAGGAAGUAAAGUUUUGACCAAAGUUUUUCAUUGGAAUUUUAGGCUCAUACUGAAAUUCAGAAUUAUCUGUUUUCAGUUAGUAUACAUUUCACCAACCUUCUAUAAUCUGUUUGGAAUUCAUGCUGAGGUUGCAAGAGGAACUCAUACUUUGUGGAUGCAGGUAACAUAUACCUUAUUCAUGUUGUGUUUGUUUACUUGGCUCCAAAUACUAGUACUAAUCAAUCCUCAUGGCUCAAAUUAAAUACAGUGGAAUCUCCAUUCAGGGAAAACUUUUAGGACAAAGGCAAGUUUCCUCUGAAUAUAGGUUGGGUUGUCUAACCCAACAUAAAAUUUCUUUCUAGAAAACAGAUGAUCAGGGGUUGUGUAAAAAUCUGAAUACAGACAAGUCUACCGAUUGUUAUCGUGUCCACUGAUUACUUUUAUGUGUCAAUUGUUUACUUAAGAAAUCUCUCUAUACUCAAAAAUCUCUAUCUUGACAUUCAGCUUUUGUUGGUUGGAUCAUUGACAACUGGUCUUCUCCUUCUACCAGUGUUUUACUAUCUCUCUUUAGUAAGGUGAGUCUUGAUAUGAGGUAAAAUUUGUAACUGGAUGUAAAGAAAAGCUUGUGAUAGGAACAGCAUAGGUUUGCUAAGUUACUUAGGCACAUCAAAUUAGCCUUCUUACUAUACAAAAUCUGUUGAAUCUGGAAGUACUGUUUCUAGUGCUGAAUGGGAAGAUAGUCUGUCCAAGGUUAUUUUAAUUGCUCCCCAACAUUGGUAUUUAUAUUCUUCACACUGUUCUGUUGGACAAACAGGAGCCUUUUAACCUGGUGAUCAUUUCCUUCAUUCUCAUGACCUUUACAUUUGAUUUAAGACUGACACAAGGGUUAAGCAUCAUAUUUGUGUGGUUCAUUUGAGUUUGCUUCUGAAUCUCAAGAAUAGAGAGAGAAAAAAAGGUCUUUUGGAACAGAGAAAUGUGUCACCCUGAUAGUAACUGUCACAUAUAGAUGAUUGUCUUUACAUAAUCUUACUUAGCAGUCAGAGUAAAUCAUUAUCCUUAUGGUAGUUCAGGCCUCUGUUUCUGGGGUGAGCUUGAUUUUUGAUCAGUUAUUCACAUGUACUGUUUGCUUUCUAGGGACUAUUGGGAGAGAUUAACUGGUUACAUGGCUUUCUAUGCUGUAUUGUUGUUUACAUUCUUUGCUCUCCUGUUGCCAUGGUCUGUGCUCAUUUUGGGUGGCAUCAAUCCAUUUGUGUGGCUAUGGGACUAUUUAGACACUGGGAACAUUAGGGUAAAGCUGCCUGUUAAACUUCUACAAAUUAUUUAAAUACAAUUGUGUCCAUCAGUCAUUGUAUGUGAACUGCAAUGAAAAAUCUUACAAAGUCUAUGCUGUUUUGGACAAACAAAGCAUUUUAAAUUUGAAUUUUUGUUAAUCCUAAUUAAUGAUCACUAAAUUAUUAACAGUGAUAUGUAAUGUGAUUCUAAUCUCAUUGCUGAAUGAUUAAAAUGUAAAAUAAAAUAAAAAUAAAAAAAAGUAAAGGUAAAGAAUCCGAUCCAACCGACGCGUCGGCCGACGCGUUGGCCACUGUUUAUCCUUCUGUUCAUCCUCCGUACAAGAUGCGUCGGUGGUGCGUCGGUGGUGCGUCGGUGGUGCGUUGGUGGUGCGUCGCUGGUGUGUCGGUGGUGCGUCGGUGGCUUUGUUUGGACCUUAUUUAUGUAAAUCAAUGCUAAACCUUCCUUUUACACACUUGUCUGUAAUUAAUGUAUCAUUAAAGAUUCCCAGACAGAUUCACGGUCUCGUUUGUUCGUUGUGUUGUAGGAGAGCAAUGAGGCGGGGAAUAAUCAUAAGUUUUAAAAAAGUCUCAAGAAAAACAGGAGUUUCAGUUGCGUUUGCUCUUUUGAUCGCUUUGUAUCGCAAACUGUCUCCUAAUACUGACUUUUCAAACAGACACAGAACAAGGUAUUAGCCUCAAACCGUUUUUUCUAAAUCGUAAAUGCUAAAGUACACGUAGUUUUUCCCGAUCUUGUUUAUUUCUAUUUUUUUAAAAAAAUUAAAUUCGUGUUUGUAUUUCUUGCAGAUGCCGCUAGUUCGUUACUGGUUUUGUGUCGUUUUUGUAGCUGUAGGGUUUGUUGCAUGGAAAAGUCUGCGACGUCAAUCAUCGCCAAAUGCCUCUGGCACGAUAACUCGUAAAGUUUUCCACCUCUUGGCGUUAGCGAUCUACAUACCAGGCGUGAUUUACGAGCCAAACAUAACCCAUUUAGCUUCAUCCGUCGCUGUUGCAGCUUUUCUAUUUAUAGAGGUAAGUGAAGGAGGAUGUUGGUUUGUUGUGCCGUCCUUGAUCACCUUUUCCUUGACUUAUCCUCGGCUAAGAACCUGUUACGUUCACGUAGAAUCCAAAAGAACAGGGCUCAGAUAGAUAACAGUCACAAAACGGGUAAAAAUCUUUCAGUACUUACAUGGAGGUAAAUCCAUUUUUUCUCAUUCUAGAGAUACUCUCUUGUAAAUCUUCUUUGAAUAAUCUAAUGUGGAUAAUUACUGAACUUACUUGUUGUCUUGUAACAUUAAUUUCACAAACCUUACUGAGUUUUAUCCCAAAUUGUGGCUCACAAGUAUUGUCACCGCCUCCGCCCCCCUCCAUAACAAACUCGAAAUAACGUGUGUCAAGGCCAAUACGUUGGACGUGAAAUAUCAGAACAUAACCCUGGAAAAAAAAAUUGUGAACAUGUUUUGAAUUUUGUUUCUCAGUACAUCCGAUUGUACAGAAUAGGACCGUUUGGUGAAACAAUUCACUCAGCACUUGAGGUGUUCUUAGAUGAGAAAGAUUCUGGGCCACUCAUUCUAACCCACUUGUAUUUGUUACUGGGCUUUGCUGUGCCGUUGUGGUUAUAUCCUGUCGAUUACCUGAAGAGUGACUCCACUGGUAAGUUCAGUUUCUCGAUAAGAUCCAUUCCGAUAGAGGAAAAAAGAACGGAAGUUCCAUUACAGUAAAUGGUUUGAACCCGGGGGUAACAUGUAAUAGUGUAGUUUGAUCGUCCGGGUGAGUGUAGUCCUGAGAAGGACUGUUGUCGGUAGUGGUGACUGACGUUUGGACAACCUGAGAAACGUCAGUCAUCACUACCGACAACAGUCCUUCUCAGGACUACACUCAACCGGACGAUCAAACUACACUAUUACAUGGAAGUUCCAUUAAUGCUUGUUAGGGCGCGGUUGGCCUGGGAUCUAUUCUCGUCAGGUUACUGUGAAUUUGUUUGUCCAAUCACAGGCUGCAAGCUUGCACUGUAUUCUGGGAUCCUUUCCCUUGGUAUUGGCGACACGAUGGCAUCCGUUGUUGGGAAAAGAUUUGGACGCUGUCGCUGGCCGGGUGAGUAUCUUAAAACUUCCUAAAGACGCUAGGAUUUGCUUUAAAUGCGCCUUUGUUUCUGUUUAUGGGCUAAAAAUUUGCCUUAUUUCACUUAAGGUGGAGUGAAAACUGUGGAAGGAACAUUAGCUGGUAUCGCAUCGCAAAUGUUGUUUCUUUGGAGUCUCCAUCAUAAAGGUUAAACACUAUCUAUUUCGUAUCAUAUUUCAGACAUUAAAUUCUUGUAUUUUGCUUAAUAUUUGCCGUUAGAGACGUUUGCGAGGUUUAUAAACUUCUCUCUCCCAGCGAAUCCUGUCUGAUUAAGGCCCCGAUCAGACAAGCAAUAUAAAACUUAUGAAGCUCUCCGCAACAAUAAGAAGGCAAAACUGAGAUUUCUCCACUAGAGCCCUCAAGUUCUUAUCGAAAGAAAAUGUGAGUGAGCUACCCAAGGUUCCCCACCCCUCUCUCGCCUUCGGGAAAUAUCAACAUUUUCUCUUCUGUAUUGAAAAUUAUGUUUUUUUUUUGUUUUUUUUUCCAGGUUUUCUAUUUUUACCAGAAGAACGAUGGUUACCAGUAUCCAUGGCGAUAAUUUCCGGGUCUGUGCUCGAGGGAUGGACAACACAGAUUGAUAACAUCGUACUCUCGCCUUUCUUAUGCUCGCUUCUAAUGUUCAAAUGUAGAUAGGACAUUGUUUAACCAAUGCUGCGGAGAACAGAACGUUGUAUGCUGAUAUUUAUAACAAACAGACGCGUUUGUUAUAUGUGUGUACUUCCCCAACCAUCCCCAUUCACCAUUCACGUGAAAUAUUCGCUGUCAUUUUCGGCAGAUGAUGCUGAAAUUGUGGUAAUAUCCAAAUAGCAGGAUGCAAAUCAGUUUUUGUGUUUGUUUGUUUGUUUUUUUUUUAAUGUAGGUUGGCACUUUCAUACAGUAUUUCAUUUUGACCAAGUGUCCAAUUAUCUUGUGACUUCAUAGAUCGAUGGUCGAUACUCUACAAUAGACCAUGAGUCAAAAUUCUAGGCACCUUGAUCCUUUUGUGGUCAGCACAUGAAAGUGAAAACAAGUCACAACGGUAAACCAUGGAAAUAUAAAAGAUUUAAGUAUGCAGACAUUCGUUUUUGUAUUAUGGUUUGCACUG